GUUUGAACGUAUUUCGAAGUUUUUCCCCUUUCUGUGUAAAUACUGUCCACAACCCUUUCGUUUUUCCCUCUUUCCCCUUCGAACCCAUCACUCUUUUCUAAUCGAUCACGCCGUUUGUAGCUCGAAUCUACCUUCAACAUCGUAGACUUUUGCGUAAGAUUGUGCGAAAAAGAAUUAAUUUUUUAAUUACGCACUUUUAUUUUUGCGGCGUUUUUCAGUUACUAUUUCGAAAAGCAGGGCUGAGCACAGUUUCUCGAUUUGGGCUGUGAAGAACUCCCUCGCGAAAUCCGAGGGUCGGAGGAGGCAAAGAUGGGACAAUACUAAAAGAUCACAGAAGAAAAAGCCACCCCGUGGUACCUGGCAGCCUACAGUGCCUAAAUGGGAAAAGGAGUUCUGCAAAGUAGUCGGGUCCCUUGACUGGGAAACUCUACUGCACAUGAAGAAAUUCAUGCAUCUUUACGAAAACGUGCUCAAUUGGGAUGACUCGGCUGGCGAGGAGGCGCUCUUGAAUGCCAAAAAACGUUAUUGGGCCAGGAUAAACGGGCUCCCUUGCAACCUCCUUCCGCCCGAUCCCGAUCUUUACAUUGACAAAAUCGACUGGGACUCGGAAGUUGAUAAUACCGGGCAUUGGCCCGAAUUCGAGCCCGAAUUCACUGGAGACCAUGAGCCCGUCGUUAUUUUCGGAGACUCUUUCUUUGCGAACCAAUCUUAUUCGCUCGGGGGAUGGGGUGACGCGGAGGAGAAUGAUAAGAACAACACCAAGUCACAUAAUAAUCAAGGUGAUGACGAUUGGGGGCAAAACCGGGAUAGGGAUAGCCCGUUUGAUAACGGGCCAGCAUUUGGGUCUGCUGGCUGUUCUAAUAACGACUUGGGUUGGGAUUAUUUGGGUCGUGCUCCGAGAUAUUGGGAACCGAAGCCUGAUGAGCGAAGCGAAACGGUGCAAGAGAGUGGAAUUCGUUUGAGUCGUGUGGGCCCGUUGGCCAUCGAGCUACGAUAACGGUCGGGUGAACGUGGCAUCGUUAGGAGGCCUUUUUUGCUGAAUGCAGGUCAUUUUUUUUUUCUUUUUAUAAAUAUAUAUGAUGGUGACCAUAAAAAUUGUGUGGAGUUCUUUAUGUUUUUAUAUUUUCUGUGGUGUUUUCCUCCAAAUUUUGAGGGUUCUUUUUUUAUGAUAAUGGGGGGAAAUUUGUAUUGUAAAGCAGCAGUUUGUCUUCUAGGGCAGGAGAAUAUUUGGUGGUGAGUGGUGACUUUAGGUAUUAUUAUUUUCAUUCUUUUAGGUUUUGCAGUUUGCUGUAGAACUUGUGCUAUACUGCUAUCCUUUUUGCUUUAAUAUAGUGAUUGAAAGUAUGGUAUUUGUAUUUUUUUUCCUUCUCCAGCAAAAGAUAAGAAAAGAAAUUAGAAACUUACAUAAUAU